AUGGCAGGAUUAGCAACAUCUCACUAUGUUUGUGUCCGAUGCACCACCGCUCUGCUGCGGCGUGAAGCUCACUUGGCCGCUCGCAGUGGGCGACUGAGCGCCCGUGGUCUGCGACAAUCCUCAACAACAUCCAAUGCUGCCACCUCAGACACGCCGGCCGAGAGGAGCAACCAUUCGAAUGGCAACGCAGCCUCCACACACAAACCCAAACCUGAAAAUGAACCAGGCCCCAUGGCCCGACGUCUCGAGGAAGCGACCGAGGAAGCACUCUUUACCGGCGGACGCGCCGGCCGCCGCGCAGUCGAGGACGCUGGCUUUUCGGAGGAGCUCAAAGCGCGGCUUCUUGCCAGGGUACGAGAUGCCGAGUUUCGAUCAGAGAAUGCAUCCGCCUUUGCCGAAGCCGGUCUUCCCGCCUCCGCCGGGCGCGGCACCGCCCAUCUCGCCGCGAGCCAGCCCUGGACUGGUGCGGAGAGCACUGAGGAUGCAGUGCUCAGGAUGCUGAACGAUGCGCAUAAGCCCCUGGCACCGAGCCUCAGGGGGAAACCGAGGUUGCCCGAUCUGAAGCCCGUGGAUAUGCGCUUCACGAGAGAUACGAGGAGUCAGGGUCAGCGCGCGGCUGGUGCCAGAGAUAAAGCCGCCGUCUAUGCGGGAAUGGGCCUGAAAGACAAGGAGCAGAACGGGCUUAGCGAGAAAGAAAGAGACGAGCUGAAAAAGGAGUUCCGCGAGAGGUUCAAGCCCGCCGCCAGGGCAAUGCCCAACACUUUUACUGGUCUGGCAUCGCUGGCCAACGAGCGAAUUGAGGACGCAAUCGCCAGAGGCCAAUUCAAAAACAUCCCGAGAGGAAAGGGCGUAGAGCGCGACACCAGGGCAGACAACCCCUUCAUUGAUACAACCGAGUACAUCAUGAACAAGAUGAUCAAGCGCCAGGACAUUGUGCCGCCCUGGAUCGAGAAGCAGCAGGAGUUGAUCAAGACUGCCCAUACAUUCCGGACAAGACUGCGAAACGACUGGAAGCGUCAUGCUGCUCGGACUAUAGCGAGUAAGGGUGGAGCGCUCCAAGAGCAGAUGGAGCGUGCGAGAAGAUAUGCUAGCGCUGAGUUGCUUCACAACCCGCGAAAGCGCAACGUUGAGCAAGUCGUUGUGCCGACCAACUCGACAGAUGACCCCGUCAUGGUCAAGGUGCGGCAACUGCUAAGUCCAGAAACUGCGGAAGAGCUUGCAGAUGCUGAAGCUACCGCUGCCAUAGACGAUUCAGCAGCCUCCACCACCUCAUCUCCGCCCAAUGAAGGGGCUGCGACCGAAGUAACAAGUGCAAAUGUGCCAGUUCAGGAUGUGCCGCUUCCGCCGCCCUUUCGCGAUCCAGACUGGCUGCGUACCGAACAGACGUACAUGGAUCUCUCCAUCACCAAUCUAAACACCAUCACGCGGUCCUACAAUCUCAUGGCGCCCGAACUCGCCAAGAAGCCGUACUUUAGUCUCGAAAGGGAACUGAAUGCCUGCUAUGCUGAUGUAGCACCGCAACUCGCAGACGCCAUCAAGGAUCGCGCUGCCAGACCCUCGAAACCUCUCGGCGAGAGCGCCGGGCAGCGACCGGGAAACAUCCUGGACAGGUUCAAUGGAGAGGCGCAUCGUAGCAAGGUUUAUGACUCCAAGACACCCAAUUAUGGAUUCAGAGAGAUGUUGAGGGAUUUGUUCAGGAAAGAGGCCAACUAA